GUCCCCCAAGCGGCCCCAGCCUGCGCCCCGCUACCUGAACCCUCAGGAGGACCGCAGGGCUGUGAACGAAAGACAGAGAUUUUGGCCUAGUGAAAGGACACCGCUCCUUAGCCCCAGCUAUGGACUCCACAGCAUCAGAAGUCCUAGGAGAAGACCUGCCUGCAUAUAGUGUGCCCAGCAAAUAACUUCAGUGGUGUGACCAGACUGGUCACACUUCACCCACCUGUAGACUGAAGUGGGCCUGUGUACACAGGCACUUCUCAAUGUUUGAAGGCUAGAAGCUACCUCUCAGCUCCCUCUGACCCACUGAUGUCCUCAGGACCGCGGAGGUGACAAGCAGAGCUGUGCAGGGUCUCAGGCUUGGGGAGUCUGAGAGCUGUGUGUGCCAGCAGGGUCAGCUUCCCAUAUGGCUCCUUCUACCUUCCCAGCUUCCUCUUCUCAGGACCCUGCUCUUCCUCCAGAGAGAUUCCUGGGAGAAAAGAGAACAACGAAUUCAUUCCUGAAAGCCAGGCCUCAGGACCUGAUGACAUUCGAAGAUGUGGCUGUGGAAUUCACCCAGUGGGAGUGGGGGCAGCUGAACCCUGCCCAGAAGGACCUCUACAGGGAGGUGAUGCUGGAGAACUUCAGGAACCUGACCCUCCUGGGCCUUCUGGUAUCCAAACCAUAUGUGAUCUGCCAGUUGGAGGAAGGGGGCGAGCCCUUCAUGGUGAAGAGAGAAAUCUCAAUAGGAGUCCACUCAGACUGGGAGAGAAGGUCUAAAUCCAAGGAAUCAAUGCCAAGUCAGGGAAUUUCCAAAGAAGAAUUAUUCCAGGUAGCAUCAGUGGAAAAACAAAUUCCAGAUGAGCUGCAGUUCUCGAAGUUGAAAGCAGCCUGUGGUUGUGAUGGCCAGGUAGAGAUGCAGCAGAUAAAACAGGAGACACACCUGAAACAAAUGUCAACCACUCACAAAUCUGCUACCAUCCUUAGCAGAAAUUAUGAAUGGAAUGGAUUUGGGAGAAGCUUAGGUUUAAGAUCAGUCCUUGUCAACCAACACAGAGUUUUCAUGGGAGAAGGAUCUUAUAAAUGUGAUACAGAAUUUGGACAGACUUCAGGGGGAAAUAGCUCUCAGAGAACCCAUCCAGAGAAGAAAUCUUGUAAAUGUAAUGAAUGUGGGAAGUCCUUUCACUUCCAGUCAGAACUUAGGCGCCAUCAGCGAUGUCAUACGGGAGAAAAGCCCUAUGAAUGCAGUCAAUGUGGAAGAGCCUUUGGUCAUAUUUCAUCCCUUAUUAAGCAUCAAAGAACUCAUACUGGAGAAAAGCCCUAUGAAUGCAGUGAAUGUGGGAGAGCCUUCAGCCAGAGUUCGUCUCUUGUUCUGCAUUAUAGAUUUCACACUGGAGAGAAACCCUACAAAUGUAAUGAAUGUGGACGAGCCUUUGGUCACACUUCAUCCCUCAUUAAGCAUCAGAGGACUCAUACCGGAGAAAAGCCCUAUGAAUGCAGGGAAUGUGGGAGAACCUUCAGCCAGAGCUCAUCACUCAUUGUACAUUAUAGAUUUCAUACUGGAGAGAAACCUUACAAAUGUAAUAAAUGUGGGAGAGCCUUCAGCCAGAGUUCAUCUCUCACUCAACAUUACAGAUUUCACACUGGAGAGAAACCCUACAAAUGUAAUGAGUGUGGAAGGGUCUUUGCUCAUACUGCAUCUCUUAUUAAACAUCAGAGAAGUCAUGCUGGAAAAGAACACCUAUGAAUUCAGUGAAUAUAGAAGGGUUUUCAGCUGGAAUGCAGUCAUCACCAGUACUUAGAGAAUUCGUAUCAGAGAGAGAUCCUAAAGGUGUCAUGUAUAUGAGAAAACCACAUCUUGUUCCACAUCAGGCACUAAUUACUAAAGAGAAUCCUAUCAAUGUCAAGAGAGGAUGGGCUUCAGCCACAUCCCCUCUCUUAUCACACGUGGGAGAAUCCAUACUAGUGAAAAACGAUGUAAGUGUAUUGAAUGCAGGAAGGCUUUGAUCAGAGGAUGCACAUUAUACAGCAUCAGACAGCUGACACUGGGGACUACCCUUAUUAAUGCAGUAAGUAUGGCAAGCCUUCAGUUACAUGUUGAUUCUUUAAGAAAAUCAGAUAACUUGUACUGGAGAGAAAUUCUGCAAGUGUGGUAAGUAUGGUAAAAUCUUCAGUUGUAUUUAUUCCUUUACUAGACAUCAAGAACACAUACUAGAGAGAAGCCCUAUGAAAGCAGAAAAUAGAGGAAGGCCUUCAGUCAGAGCUCAUUCCUUAUUAAGCAUCAGAAAAUUCAUACUUGAGAAAAACCUAUGAAUGUGGACAAUGUGGGAGAGCCUUCAGCCAAACCUCAUUGCUUUAUAAACCCCAUAGAACUCUCCAUACUAGUUAGAAACUCUGGUAAUGUGAUGAGUGUAGGAAAGGCUUUGGUGGAUGUUCCACUUUUUUUGCACAUUAGAAAAUUUCCCAGUUUCACUAAAUUUGAAGCAUUGCUCUAGCACAUGUUUCAAAUUUAGUGAAACUGGGAAAACCCUCUAUUAUAGUUCAAGCCUCAGUUUUCACCUCAAAGAGAAACCCUGGGAACAUUAUGAAUCUGUGGAAAGUUCCUUUCCAACUUGAGAUGUAUAAAACUAGAGCUGAAAAGAAGCUGAGAAAUCACCUUGUCUGGUGAUUUUCUGCCUGGUGGGGCCAUUUGUAUAACCACACUUGUGCAUUGCCUCCUCAUGCUGUUACUGAUAGGGCAGGGUGUCAUGCAUGGGUUCAGAGGAUGGAGGCUGAGAAAGGUAGACAGCUACCCAUGAUCCAGCCCAGUCAUAUUUUAGAAUGAAUGAAACUGAUAUUCAGAAAGCGACAUGCCUUGGCCUGUUGUUCUAACUGGGCUGGGUCUCUUUCCUGUGGUUCACAAUUGUAGUAUGGAGAUUAAUAGACUGGACCUUUCCUGUACAAUACCUCCAUGCACUUCUAUGGUAACACAUGUUACCUUUCUUUAUGAGGCAAUGGAGUGGUCUAGGAUUGAGCAAAAAACAAUUUUCAUUGCAUCUUUAUGCUAAUAGAUUUGGAAUUUUUGAAAUGAAAUGAAACUUUGUUUAAACAUUAAAAUUACUACAUUAUGGGUAUUAUACAUGAUCAAAAUUUCAAAAACAUGCUUCUAGGUGAAAGAUGGCAGAUGCCAGAUACCACAUAUUUUAUAGUAUCAUUUUAGGAAAUGUCCAGAAAUGGCAGAUCUUCAGAAACAAAGUAACUGCAAAUGUUACAAGAAAUAUUUUUGGGAUUACGAAAAUGUUCUAAAACGAGAUGGUGGUGAUGGUUGAACAAUUUGGUAACUUCACUAAAAUCAUUGAAUUGUUCACUUUAAAUGGGUGAAUUGUAUAGUAAAUUAUACUUCAAUAAAAUUAUUUUUAAAAAUCAAAUUUACCAAUAUACCAACCAUUGCUAAACAUGUGUUCCAUUUUUUUUUUUGUUAUUUCAAGCUAUCUGUGCAUUUUUGGUAUCCCUUUUUCUUUUUCUUUUUUUUUUUUUUUUGAGAUGGAUUUUCGCUCUUGUUGCCCAGGCUGCCUCCGCCUCCUGGGUUCAAGAAAUUCUCCUGCCUCAGCCUCCCUAGUAGCUGGGAUUACAGGUGCCUGUCACCACGCCUAGCUAAUUUUUUUUUGUAUUUUUAGUAGAGAUGGGAUUUCACUGUGUUGGCCAGGCUGGUCUCAAACUCCUUACCUCAGGUGAUCCUCAUGCCUUAGCCUCCCAAAGUGCUGGGAUUGGUGUGAGCCACUGCCACUUUUUAUUUUCUAUAAUAAUUACCUUACAUUUACUGGGUCUCAGAACCUUGUCAGGCUUUUUAAAAUUCCUGCUGUGUUGGCUUUGUAACUCAAGUGAAGAAACUUAGACCAGGAGCUGGUAUGGACCAAAAGGAUACUUGCCUAAUAAGGAUCAACUUAUACUGAGGGAAGUCCUUCAAGUAUUUAAAGUCCAGAUGAGCAAGUUGAGCCUGGAAUUCAGGGAACGAGCUCAAAAUGGGUCCAUGCAGACAGGCUGGGUCUAAAAGUCCACAAGUUUGGCCAGGGCAGGUAGGAUGCACAGGAGGCAUCUGGAUCUGGAAGUACCUGAACAGCUGAGGUCAAGAUGCCGGUUGUGGAGCCUAAAAAUCAUACAGAAAUUUCUUCCCAAACUGCCAAGAUUUCCAAGAGUAGAAGUAGUAAAUAUUUUUUUGCUCCAUCCCUCCCUUUUUUCCCAGUGCCCUUUUCUGUACUUAGUGAGAUCACUUUAUACCUAAACACCUGUCACAGUUUUGUAACUGGUAUUCGUCUAAAAUCUGUCUCUUCCUCUCAUGUAUCCUUGCAUGUUAACCAUACUCAUCAGUUUGAACCCAGUGCCCUGCCCUCCAAAAAUCCUUUGCACUGCCUAUAAGAUAAAUCCUAACCCUAGUGUUUGGUAUAUAAUGCCCUCUUUAGGCUGUCCCAACCUCCUCCUGCUCCUGACUGGAGCCUCCAUUGCACACAAAUGCUCUCUUGCCUUCCCUCAGACAUGCCUCUCCACUUUUCAGCCUGUAAAUCUUUACCUCUGCUGUUCCAUCGGCCUGGGGCACUUUCUCCACCUGCCUAAAACCUAUAUGGUCAGUCAGAAAUCUGUGUAAAUUUCCCUUCUUUGGGGAGGUGUUCUCUUGAAAACUGAUAUGAAGUCUGAUCUUACUGUUUGCAAUAUAAAAAUAUUUAUUGUUUGCAUAAUUUUUUUAAAUGGAAGAUAUCUGGACUUCUGGUAAAUCUCGUCACUGUCUUGUUCUAUUAAAUUUUUAAAAAUCAUUUUAUCACUUUUGUAUUUUUGGAACCAGAUGACAACAGAAAAAGUCCAAUGGUAAAAUAUUUGAGGAGAUUUUUUUUCUGAGACAAAUAGGAGUGACCUGUAGGCACAGUUGACCAGCAUUUGCAUUAAACAGAGACCUUAAGACUGACAAAAACAGACUAUUUGUAGCAAUAACAACAUGACAAAAAGUCCUGAGAGAAAGCAAAGUGUUUUACCCCAGAUGCCAAAUAGAUUUAUUUUAAGUCUGAUAAGAAACAAGUCUGACACAGCCCCAGGAGAUCCUGAGAACAUGUGCCCAAGGUAGCUCUUGUUAGGGGCAGCAGGAGGUUGGGGCAGCCCUGAAGAGGGCAUUAUAUACCAAACACAGGAGUGAGGAUUUAUCUUAUAGGCAGUGCAAAGGAUUUUUGGAGGGUAGGACACUGGGUUCAAACUGAUGAGUGUUUAACAUGGCAAGGAUACAUGAGAGAAAGAGACAGUUGUGCUGUCAGGGUACAGCCUGGUUUCGUACGUUAAGACAACAGUCAAUACAUACAUGUAAGAUUUACAUUGGUUUGACAGAGAAAGACAGAGAAGCUGGUGGGGAAGGGGUGGAGACAGAGGGAGGGCCUUCCAGGUUAUAGGUAAAUUCAAAGAUUUUCUGAUUGGCAGUUGGUUUAUUCAAAGACCUGGAAUCAAUAGAAGGGAAUGUCUGGGUUAAGACAAGGUAUUGUGGAGACCAAGGUUCUUACUAUGAGAUGAAGCCUGAGGGUAGCAGGCUUCAGAAAGAAUAGAUUAUGUUUCUUAUCAGACUUGAGAAAUUUAUUUUGGGGUAAAGUACUUAGAUUUCUCUCAGGGCCUGUUAUCUGUCACGUUAUCUUACUGCUACAAAGAACCUGUUUUUGUCAGUCUUAAGGUCUCUGUUUUAAUAUAAUGCUGGCCUACUGUGCCUGAAUUCCAAAGAGUGGAAGGUAUAAUGAAGUAUGUCUGACCACCCAUUACCUUCAUGGCCUGAACUAGUGUUUCAGGUUUACUUUAGAAUGCCCUUGGCCAAGAGGAAGGGUCCAUUCAGCUGGUUGUGGGGCUUAGAAUUUUAUUUUUGAUUUACACAGACUAUCCGCUGCUUCAGAUCACAUCUCAUGCUUCUCUUGUGUUGCCCAGUUUUCUCAGCACUUCUGUCUGACUUCAUGUUUUUGUACUAGAUGAAAAGCCUUCUUUCUAGAAAACUAUGAAUUAAAUAUUUCUUUAGAAAAAU